AUGGUCAAUCUCACCGGAGUCAAUUUAUGCCCUCCCCCUUUCUGGGAUGCGGAGCUCUUCAGUGCCAAGGGAGGCUACGUGGACGGGCGGCUGUGCCAAACCAUUCCCCCUGACAAAAAAUGUUGCCUGCCAUGCCCCAUGGCGGACUGGGUCUACCCGGACAGCUUCAACACGAUGACGGUCGUUGCCAACUGGGUGGCAGCUGUGAGCGCGAUAUGCUGCGUUCUGCUGCUUGCCUCGUGGGCGGUUUUGCCCGUAGACAAAACGAAUCGCCACUACCUCAGUGUCUGUUUCACGUUUGGAGUGCUGUUGAUGAAUCUCGGCUUUGUCAUUCCGCUCGCCGCCCAGCCGGACCAAUGCUACGAUAGGAUCACGCCGCACAGUAUGCACACCAGCAAGGUGUGCGGCGCGUCGGGAACCUUUCUUCUGCUGGGAGGAUGGUGUGGCGUCAUGUGGGCGUUUCUUCGGUCCCUCUCUCUGCAUCUCCAGAUCUGCUGGCAGGUUCUCGUCGGUCGCAACUUCAUGAUCUUCGCGCAAGCGGCGGGUUGGGGCGUCCCCAUUCUCGGCAUCAUUCUCGCCCUUGUCUUCAGCGGCGUCUCGUUCCGAUUUGGAGCGACCUGCCACAUUAACCACAAGAACAGCCUGGCAGACCUCUGGAUCCCGCUCCUCAUUUUCGCCGGAGCAACAGUUAUCCUCACCUUUGCCACCUUCGGCUACUGCAUCAAGGUCUAUCUGGCCUCCUUGUCGGACAAUUCGGCUUCGACCGAGGGCUCGAGCCUGCCAGCCUACAGCAACAGUGUGCGUACCAUGUCUCCGCGCCAGGCAUAUCGCCGAGUGAAGCGCGUCAUCGCCCUACAGUGGCGCGGCCUCGCCAUCGUCUUGAUCAUCAUCGCCGACGUCAUCUUCUUCUCGGUCGUCUUCGUCUUCCAAGACAACAUUGUCCAGUCGGUGACUUCGGAUCCGCGUGUCGGCAAGGAUUGGGUCUUAUGUCUCAUCGGAGCAUCGGGAGACAAGCACCAGUGCUUGGAAGAAGCCAAGUCGCUGGUUGUGAACGAGGCGACCGUGUCGGCCGUUCUGCUCCUCCUCGCGCUGAAUGGCAUCUGGCUUCUCUUCCUUCUCGGCCGGUGGUCGAUGGUCACUGGCUGGUUCGAGCUGAUCCCAUCCCUCACAAACCGCAACAAGAAAGAGUUUGUGUCGGUGGACGCCCGGUAUGAGGUCAAGAAAGAUACACUGAAAUCGCCGACCUCGGGGCGACGGACUCCGGAUUACUUUGGACAGACGGCCCGAUAUCACGCUCCCGCGAGGUCUUACUCGAGCCCGCGGCCGCCGCAGGCGCAAACGCCAGCUUGGGAUCCGAAGCAAACCUUUGCGCGGCCCGAUGGGUACGAGGACAUGAACCCAUUGGGCAUGAACCGGAUCUAG